CAGUCGUACUCGUUAAUUGGACCUGAAGCACUGCGGGUGAAACGCUACACUCCAGAGCAUGUUUCCAACACAAAAUGGCAGCGGAAUGCCUUUAAAGUAUCUACCGUAACAGGAAAUUCUUGAGAUGUCAGGAAUUUAUCAUCAGACAAAAACGCCAUUGGUUGUUGACAUUGUGACAUCUUAAACACGUGCGCGGGGAGACGGUUGAACUGUUUGCAGUUUUUAUCAGUGGAUUAAGGGUUGGUCGGUCUUCAAUGUGUGUUGUCCGUCGGUCUGUCAAUCUGUAUGUCCGUGUGGAGGUGUGGAGGUGUUGUGAUCCCCUCCCAGGCUAUUCAUGCAUGAUCCAGGAUUGUGUCGGGACAACAGGCGAGACUAUGUUAGUGUGCCUGCCAGUGACGAGCAGGUCGGCCUUCUUCAAAAAUACACCGUGACAGAGGAUACAAAUGGAGGAUAUUUUACCGAUAACCUGCGUUCAUCGGCUGUGCUUGACGGUUCUAAUUUCACAAAUGAAAAACUCAAGCCUGAGGACAAUGGGCAGCCCCCGUUUGCCCCCCCUCCCCGUUCGCCCGGCCACGCCCUUCCGCCAAAAGACGAUGGGGGAGGGAAAUUAUGUGCCAGGAACAUCCGAACGAGAGAAGUGAUACUUAUAGUGAUUGGUUGUGUUUUACUUAUCGGAGUAGCGGUUGGGACAGCUGUCGCCAUCAUACUGAGUCAGUCAGAUUCAUCGUCUUCAUCAACAUUGACAACAUCAUCUCCGUCCACAUCAUCGUCAUCAACAACACCAGUUCAUAUAUCAUACGAUGGCAGUUUAACAUUACAACACGAAUGGAAGGGUACAGAAGAAGAGUUAAAAACAAUUUUUUCAAGCGAGAUGGAUAUCAUAGUGGAAGACACACCUUUAGAAGAAUCCUACUCUGGCUCCGAUGUCCGGAGUUAUAGUGAGACAACCAGUCAGCUGGCGUUCACUCUGUUUUUCACAUCGGGGCUACUGGACUUACCGGUGCCCACCCCAAGCCCGGGGGUAACGGACAGGCACGGGUCCUUCAUCGAGACCCAGCUCAGGGAGUCUGGAGCCGGAAAGGACAGCUCCCUGGGGAUAGAUUCAAAAACUAUAAAUAUUGUUGAACACAUUCCAAGUUCGUCAUUAUCAUCAACAACAGCUUCAUCAACAUCAGAGUCAACAUCGCCAUCAGAGUUAACAUCAACAUCAACGACAUCAUCAUCAUCAUCAUCAACAUCAUCAGUGACACCAUCAACAUCAACUCUAUCUACAACAGCAUAUCCAUCUUCUUCAGUUACAACACAAACGACAACUUUACAGAGUGCUACUACAACUGUGCCUUUACCUCCAACGCAAUGCUCCCCUCUUGCCUUCGACCUCUGCCGCAGCGUCGGUUAUAACGUCACCUACUUGCCCAACAUGUGGGGGAGCACCACAGAAGACCAGGCCAUCUCUCACUUCUACCAGAUCGUCAACAGCACGCUGCAGUCAGAAUGUUCCCCUCUCACGCUCUUCUACUUCUGUGGACUUUUCUUCCCUGAAUGCAAUAUUUACCAUCAAUUUAUCUACCCUUGCGUCGAUGUGUGUGAGGCCGUCAACCGAAAUUGCAUUGAGGAAAACACCCUCCGCAUCAACUGCAGCUUCUACAACACCUCUCUGCCGUGUCUGUCGCCGCCGUCCCCACCCACAACGACAGUAGCACCCGUCAGCUCCACCCCACCUAACUCUUGUACAGCUUUAACUUUGGACACUUGUAGAAACGUGGGCUACAACAGGACCUUUCUUCCCAAUAUUAUGCUACAUGGAUCUAUCAGCGAUGCUGUUGAUGGGUUCCACAUGCUACCGGAAACAGUCCUACACUCCAACUGUUCAGAGUUGGUGACGUUCUAUCUAUGUGGAUUAUACUUCCCUGAAUGCAGCGAGGAUGGAAAACCGUUAUACCCUUGCAAGUCUUUGUGUGAAGAGCUUGCUGCAACCUGUGGGUCCUCCGUUACCAUGCUUGGUUGUGACUUCCAUAACAAUUACAACAGCUGCAUGGCUGCACCACCAACACCAACAACACCGACAACGACUACUUCCACUACAACUGUAACUACGACUACUACUGUCUCAACUCCUACAACGCCAGAUAAAUGCAUUGAGUUUGAAGAAGAGCUGUGUAACAAGAUCGGAUUUAACAUGACGUUGAUGCCCAACGUUUUCGGACUGCCGACAAUAGAAGAUGCAAAGCAGUAUUUCGCCCAGUUUCCGAAGGGCAUAGUGCAAGCAGAGUGCUCUCCCUUGACUGAAUUUUAUGUCUGUGGUUUAAUAUUUCCCAAGUGUGGAGAUGAGGGGCAAAUUCUGCAGCCAUGUAGAAACGUUUGCCAAGCGAUACGGCGAGACUGUUCCACCGCAAAGUCCAUGUUCGACUGUGAAGGGAAUAUGUUCAGUGACACCGACUGCCUACAUCCCCCACCUGAACUGCUUACAACAACAACAUCAACAACAACGACGUCGACAACCACAACAACAACGACAACUCCUCCUGCGGUCUGUACAAGCAUGGCACCAUUCACCAAAUGUGCAGAUGUCGGGUAUAACACGACCAAAUUCCCAAAUCUGUUUGGAGAUACAAUCAUGGCGACCGCAAUAAACAACUUUGACGGUUUUGCGGGAAAAAGUCUUCAGAAUAACUGUUCCUCCAUCGGACUUGACUUCUUCUGUGCCUUGCUGUUCCCCAGGUGCGAGGAAACGCCUGGCUUCAAGGGGAUGCAACCCUGCAAGGAUUUCUGUGACGCUGUGGUCGGGAGCUGUGCGAGUUACAUGCCCUUUCCAUUUGAUUGUAACUACCUCCCCUCCGACCCGAGCAAGUGUAUCGCAGCGCCCUACACCCCUCCCACCCGGGGGCCACCACAGUGUGUGAACCAGACGUUCGGCUACUGCAGAGAGGAAGGGUUCACCAACACCCGCCUCCCUAACUGGUUCGCAGAGUCGGCCGCGGGGUCAGAGAUCGCUUUCAACCAGUACGGCAAGUCCACGAUCCAGUCCGGCUGUUCCUACCUGUCCAAGUUCUUCUACUGCGGGAUAAUGUUCCCCCAGUGUGAGGAAGACGGGAACGUCACCUUACCCUGCAGGAGCGUGUGUGAGGAAAUGACAGCUAGCUGUGGUUCAGUAUGGAGUUUCCCCAUGGACUGCCGGGUGUUUCCCGAUGACACAGAGAAGUGUCUCCUGCCCAAGGCCCCGCCCACGACGACCACAGCAAUAGCCCCCUCCACCACACAAGCCCAGGCUGGGUGUCGUCGGAUGACAGUGGACCUGUGCAAGGUGUUCGGCUACAACGUGACCUACCUCCCCGACGGCUGGGCCUACACCACUCUGACGGAAGCCUUCAAGGCGUACGAGACCUUCGGGGAACGCGGCGUGGCCCUCGGAUGUUCAGAGAACGCCAUGUUUUACUUCUGCUCGGUGUUGUUCCCACCGUGCGUCAACGGCAAGCCACAGUGGCCAUGUAGGGACGUAUGUGAAGACGUCAACAACAACUGUCUGUGGACAAAGGACCUGUUCAGGCAAGACUGUGCCAUCCUGUCUGAUCCUGAUGAAGCCACCUGUCUUCGACCUCAGCCCAAAACACCGUGUGCGGCGAACGAAUUUUCAUGUUUUGGCACCAAUAAGUGUGUACCGAAGAGCUCCGUCUGCAACAGAUAUAACGACUGCGGUGAUUGGUCGGAUGAGAGGAACUGUCCGGCGUGUAAUGAGUUCCAGCACAGGUGCGAGAUGGGGUUCUGCAUCAAGUCCUACCAGAGGUGUAACGGCGUGGUGGACUGCCCCGACCGUAGUGACGAGAUCAACUGCAACUGUAGUUACGGGCAGUACUCCUGCGCUGAUGGGACCUGCAUAAUGUCGGAGUGGGUCUGCGAUGGAGAGAACGACUGCAGCAACGGGAAGGAUGAAGCAGACUGUGGUGCGUGCAAAAGGUCGGAGUUUGCUUGCCGGAGUGGCGAGUGUCUGCCUAUAGACCAGCACUGUGACGGCACUCCCCAGUGCGCAGACCUCUCAGACGAGCGCCAGUGUAUCUUUGCUCCUGAGGAGAAGCGGCCGUUCAGCCUGCGGUUCGAGCAGGAAGGACUGAUCCCUGUGUGUGCCUCCACGUUUAACUCCACCAUGGCGGACCUGGCGUGUAAGAAGCUUGGACACAAAGGUCAUGAAGAAUGGCGGACGGUUCGACAUACGGUUUUUGCCUAUGCAGUCAUUGACGGCGUGGGGCCAGAGACGACCGUCAUCGGGCGCGCUACAAUAAGAAGCAGCUGUCCUGGUUACUCGGCAGUAGUUUUGAAAUGUCACCCUAAAGAGUGUGGACACCCAAAACCCCACCGCGUCUCCUACAUCGUCAACGGCAAUAACGCCAUCGACGGAGAGUGGCCUUGGCAGGCUUCGAUACAGAAGAAGGGGAAACACUUUUGCGGGGGCGCCCUCGUCAGCCGCAACUUCAUCGUUACGGCCGCACACUGUGUUGAAGCGUACACAAGUGACCACAAAAACAUCGAGGUGGUCCUUGGAGCGUCCAACGUCAGUGCAAAGGAACCGCAGCAACAACGUUACAACGUUAAGAGCCUGACCAUUCACAACCACAUCUACCACCAAAAGAACGACAUCGCCCUUGUCGAGAUCGACGGCACCGUCAACUACACCGACUACAUCCGCCCCAUCUGUCUUCCCGACAAGGAUGAUGUGUUCACAAAGACCACCCAGUGUUAUGCAGCAGGCUGGGGAAUGACCAGGGCAGACGGUCCAGCGUCCCAGUGGCUGAAGGACGCCAAGAUGCGACUGUGGAACACGGCCAAGUGUAACGGGUCCUACGCCUGGAAUGGCGCCAUCAGCGAGACUCACCUGUGUGCUGGCUACUACUCCGGGCUCAUCUCUAUCUGUGUGGGUGACAGUGGCGGCCCUUUGAUGUGCCAGACGAAUGACAACAACUGGAAGUUGGUGGGCGUGGCCAGCUACGUGGCCAAAGGCUGCAACGUGCCCGCUCGCCCCUCCGUCUUCAGCGACGUCAACGUCUUCAAGGAGUGGAUUGAAGACAAAAUAGAGUGCAAGUUCCGCUGCAGGAAUGGCAAGUGUAUAUUUGACCGGGAGAAGCUGUGUGAUCGGAAAAACGACUGUGGCGACAACUCGGAUGAGAUCGAACUCUGCAACAUCUCUGUCAACUGUACAUUUGAUGACAAGUUUCUGUGCGGUUACAACGGCAGCUGGCACCUUCGCACUAAGAGCGACUACGACAACCGUUACCCACUGUACGACCACACACACGGUGCCUACCCGGGUAUGUUCAUGAUCGCGAAGUCUCGCGGCAAGCCCCUAGCGUCCCCCCGUUUCACCAUUAACACCACCCACUGUGCCAGCUUCUACUACCACAUGCGGGGACGAGUAACCGGUGGGCUUCAGGUGUGGACUCACAGACUCCCGGAAGUGGGCAAGAAUGACUGGUUGCCCGUCUUCCGUAGGAACCAUUACAUGGGCGAGGACAAUUGGGUGCGGGGGGAGUUCACGAUCACCCCCGAAUCUUAUGAGAUAGUCUUCUUCUCUGAUGAGCAGGGGAGGAUUGCUGUCGAUGAUUUUAUGAUGGUGCCCGGAGCCUGUGCCGACAACGGUUGCCCUGACGACAUGGUGGCGUGCACUUCCGGUGUGACCCUGCAGUGUAUUUGGAAGGACGCGCUGUGCAACAUGGUGGCGGACUGUGACAAGGGUGAAGAUGAGUCGCGGUGUGCGGCGCCUGCUUUGGCAUGUGACUUCGAGAGCGGCCUGGAGUGUGGACUGCGGCAGGCGACCGAUGAUGACACCCACGCCGAAUGGAGAAUGAUGAAUGCCUCUACCACUGACAGGGAACUCACUGACAAUACCUACAAGAACUCAUCAGGUGUGAUGCUUCUACUGGACACCAACUAUCUCCUGGAGGACAAGGAGGUGAAGAUGCACCAGAAUCUCGUCCUGAACCAGCCCACAAGCUGUCUCAAGUUCAGCUACUUCAGCAACUCCCCAGGCACCAUGGAGAUUACGUACACGAGGAAUGGCUCAGGUGUCGCCAACCUGCUAUGGGACAUCAAGAACAGGCGAACCCACGGCUGGGCGAAGACGCAAGUGAACAUUCCCGUCUCCGGCAGCGUGAAGCUGGAGUACACCGUCAUCGGCGGUGUAUACGACCAAACCUAUAAACCCUUCAUCGCAAUAGACGACAUCCACAUCACUGAGGGCACGUGUGGCCAGUUUGAUUGUGAUCAAGAUCUAAUGCCCUGUGCUUCUGAGAACUACUGCCUACCUCAAGGCAGUUUCUGCGACCGUCGUGUGGAUUGUAAGGACGCCAGUGAUGAAGCCGGGUGUAAAUGCACAGCCGAGGAGUUCAAGUGUCCUGACGGCCCUUGCAUCCCGCUGGAGAAAACAUGCGAUAGACACAUGGACUGUUUGGACAACACAGAUGAAGCGGAGAUAUGCUCACAUCUUGUUUCGGUCAGCUGUGAUUUUGAAAACCACUUCCUCUGUGGUUACACAUUUAACGACACGGCGUACAAGUGGGCUCGUCGUUCAGGGGAGACAAUCACGCCUAGCACAGGACCAAACUCGGACCAUACUUUCGGCAAUCACACAGGUCACUACAUAUACGCAGACGGCACCGAUGGGGUCACAAAUGCAAUAACGACACUGGAGUCGCCCUCAUUCACCUCCAGUGGCAACGGUGUCAGCUUCUACUACCAAAUCUACAGCGCGUUCCAACAGUACCCCCAGUUCCAGAACAUGCACCUAGGCAACUUGACGGUAAAAGUGCGGGACAAUACGAACGGUGUGGUCACGCUUCUGUUUCAAGACAAAGCGGACGGGAAUCAGAGGUGGAAGCGUCAGUGUAUGGACCUACCAGUGUCCCAGAGCCUCACGCUGGUGUUUGUUGCUCAGAGAGGUAAUAGGACACAAGCUGAUGUGGCAAUAGAUGAUGUGAGACUCCUCAACAACAGAUGUCAGGACGAACUCCCAGAUUCCAUUUCCACGAUCCCGACAACUGCCGCACCUGGAAGCUGUGAAUCCGGAAAGCGGAAGUGUGACAACGGGAUGUGCGCACCGGCGGAAUACUUCUGUGACGGUAUUAAGUACGACUGCGUGGACAACAGUGACGAACGCAACUGCUGAACGCACACGUGAACAUGAUGCGUGCUCUAUUCUGUGAUAUCUCGGGAAACAACCACCAGAUCUGAGUCAUCGGGAAAAAAUCAAUACUCCAAAGAAGAAAUUUGAAAUAUAUAUUGUUAAACAUAGAAAUUCUGUGAAACUACAAUUUUCAGGUCUCUCUGUAUAAAAAAGUAAUAUUCAUCCAUUCUUUCUAAUAGUUCGAGAAAAUUUAAAUGAUGAAAAGUGUUUAGGUAAACACCCGUUUAUGGCAUUGACGAAAUUAAUUAAUUAUUUGGAUAUUAAUUGUAUAUGUAUUGAUGUGAUUUGUUUGUUUAUUAUUUACAUAUUGUUAAGAUUAAUGUUCUUUCUGUUGGAUAUUUUCUACUUUUUAUAUUACGCGCGGUAUUAGAAAUGUGGAUGUGAAGUGUAUUAUAGAGGUCAGUUGUCAUCUUUGUAUAUGGAAGUUAUUUCGUGAAAGGUUUUGUUAAAUGUUAAUAUCUGUCAUUCAUUGGAGACGUUUUUUUAAUAUUACGAUAUUAAUUCAAUAUUAUUCCACCAUGUGAUGUGUUCGGGAAUGCCUAUUCGUAAUACACUUGUUAUGUAGACUUUUCCUACACGUGUAAAAAAGGGUGUUACAAGUGACAAAUUUAUUGUUUGGAAAUAGAUUACAACAGUUGUGAUAAUAGUUCUGUAUUCCAUGUAAAUAUUAAUGCGCAUUAUAAACAAUGUUUUAACCUUCAAGAUGAUCACAACUUACGCCAUUAUGGUUUUCUUAAGGUAAAGCACGCUUACAGAAAACCCCGUUAGUACAGACCCAGUUAACAUUAACAUGUAAAGACCCUGAAUAACAAUACGUCUGGGUUAACGGGGUUUCACUGAUUUAUAACUGGAACGCAAAUGUAUACUCAUUUUUAAAGUGCAUUUAUGGUUAUGACAGUUCUGGUGGUUAUGAUCGUGGGGGGAGGGGGUCUUUCAGUGAACAAAGGGUCUAUUUAUGUCUUAAAGAUUUAUAUGUAUCCGUACGAUUUAUUUGUAUCAGUGGUUGUGAUGAAGAGGUGACAAAACGCUGCUAUUCAGAGUUGCUUAUGUUUAAUGGCAGAACCUGUCUGUGCUAUACAUAUUAUAUAUAUAUUUAUGUUAAUUAUGAGCAAGAUACUUGUAUUAUAUUAUAUUGUAUAUUCAGAACGGCCGAAUGUACGAAUGUAGGAGCGUAUGAACGAAUGGUUCCAAAUCUAUUUAAUCCAUCUGCCUUUACUUAAGUAUGUGUUCGUCUUCAUACCAGUGCAAAUAGUAUUCAUCUUAUCUCACACGCUACUUUCAUUUAGCAAGGUUAUAUUAUCUUCCAUAAAGAGAAGUCUAAUACUCACGUCUUUUCAUCAAUUGAAACUUUCAAUUCAUCACCCACGUAGAAAUGCCUUCUACUUUUUCAACAUGUAUUCGCUCAGGUCUGAUGUUUAGAACAAUAUAUUCAUGCUAUCGUCAAUUCACGACUCAGUAGUACAUUUUCACUUGAGAAUAUCCCGUUUCUUUAUCUCAAAAUAUGCACUUUCAUCUUUCUGUUUAGCUAUCACUGUGUGUGCAUCGCUCCAUAGUGACCGUACAGCCUUGUUUUACAUACGUAUAGAAAGCCCUGGUAUAAAAGUGUUUUACAUUAAGUUGUGUUGUGGCGCGUUGUAGCUCACCCUUCCAAGAGAGCUUACAGAAACCGUUGAAUGUUUAGAUGUUUAGAUUUCUUAGCCCACCGUUUAGUAUGAUUUCUACUCGGGGUUUUUAAUGUUUACUGUCUCACCGUCUGCUCAUCUCGACAAUAUAUACAUAGAUAGAUAGAUAGAUUCUUAUUUUUAAAGUCAGGGGCCAUUUUAAAUUGUUGGGCGAAAGAAAUUAUACACUUGAAAAUCGGAUUUGACCGAACAAUUACGAACGUUACCAAAAGGCUACAAGUCUGAAAACAGUCGCCGAAACACUGCCAUCGUAAGGUCCAGAACGCAGCCGGCAGUCUGAUACUCAAUGGUAUGAUGCAUGUAAUAUCGCC